AUGGACAAGAAUGUAAAGUUGACGAGUCUCCGUUUCGAAGUGUUCGUCAACAUACCCGAAUAUUUACCGUUAAUGGAAGCAGCUGGUAAUCGCCUCACUGUACGCACCAUCGAAGAACAGCCGUUUCCAGACUUACUGGGACAUUCCGCUCCCACUGGAUUUGUUAGCAGUUUCGGCAUAAAAUUGAAGACAACAACGCGGCUACCAGCCCCAUGCGGAGACUGCAUUCACGGAGGCAAAGACGAAGAUUACAUUUACGUCACCAAACAGAGAGUGCCUGAAGCGAGAAAUGCAAUACGCCGUACGAUAUCCGGCGACAACUGUUUCCAAGUGUCGGCAACAGUGCAGGUGUUCAUAGACUUUUUCACUAGGAAGUCUAUUCGGUGUCCUAUUCAGCUUCUCGUUAGCCAGCCGUUCCCGGUGGCUGUCUAA